AUGAGUUAUCAGUUUCCAUCUUCAUUCUAUGCUCUACCUUCGAAGUUCCCUAAACAGUUUUAUAAACCGCAGGCAGAAACUGUAGUAGAAGAUCAAAUAAUUACCAUUGAUAAUUUCUUCCCUCAAGACGUAUGUAAUGACUUGAUCAAGUCUAUUGAAAACUCGUCUGCAAUUAAGUUGGAGACCACACCACUAGUUAAGAGUAAAGAAUAUGCUGCUAGAUAUAAUGACAGAUGUCUUACGACAGAUUUUGAAGCGACGAGGGCUUUGUGGUCCUACUUGAAUCAAAUACUUUCGCAACACGUUGAAUAUGCCGAUGAGGAUUUAGACAAGAUCAAGGAAACGUUUUCCAGCGCUGUCUUUUUGAACCCACAACUUAGAAUUUACAGAUAUAGAAAAGGUCAUCACUUCGGAAAACACUACGAUGAAGCAGUGGUUGCCCCCCUUGAUGAAAGAAGUUCUAAGAAAGGUAAAACAAAAUGGACUUUACUCAUAUACCUCACAGGUGAUGAAGAAUUUGAAGGUGGUGGGACCAUAUUCCACCCUGAGAUUAGAGGAGUCAAGCCAUUAAACAUACAUCCGAGCAAAGGAAUGGCUCUAUUGCAUAAGCACGGCUACGACUGUCUAAAGCAUGAAGCUGAAAUAGUAAAAAGAGGAGAGAAAUGGGUUCUUAGAAGUGAUGUUGUCUUUUAA